GAGGGAGAGAGGCGCGGUGCGGAGCGUGGAGGCGUCAUUCAGCUGCCCGAGAGCGAGCGGAGCGCAGCGGGAAGGAUCCUGGAUCAACACCUGGACCAGCACCUGGACCAACACCUGGACCAACACCUGGACCAGCACCUGGACCAGCACCUGGAUCAACACCUGGACCAGCACCUGGACCAGCACCUGGACCAACACCUGAUCCGGAUCUGAGCAGGUGCGUCCCCUCGUCCCGUCUGCAGGUGUCAGGAUGUGGUUCUCCUCCGGGGGCCUGGGUCUGGGCCUGCUGGGCCUGGUUCUGGUCUCUCUGUCCCCUCAGCCGACGCGAGGUCAAGUUUCCUCGCCGCGGAGGUUUCGUGCCAAAGUCCUGAGCCCCACGAAGCUGCAGGUUCUGUGGAAGGAGCCGAGAGGAGAGUUCGAAAGCUACAAGGUCAUUUACAGCACGAGACCAGGCGGACAGCAGCAGGAGGUCCAGGUGUCCAAGCAGGAAGCCAAGCUGCUCAUCGACAACUUCGACCCGUCCAAAGAAUACGACUUCAAGAUCAUCGCGGUCGGCGGAGGACGAGAGAGCAAACCUCUGCAGGCCAAACACCAAGCUCAGCGUUCAGCGGUGGAGGAGGUUCAGUCCCAGCGGAGGCCGGACGGCGGCGUCAGAGCAGAGAACAACGAGAUCUCUGGAGCGGAAGAGGGCUUCACGUGUAAGACGCCGGCCAACGCCGACAUCGUGAUCCUGGUCGACGGCUCCUGGAGCAUCGGCCGCAUCAACUUCCGGGUGGUCAGGGCGUUCCUGGAGAACCUGGUCCGGGCCUUCAGCGUGGAGCACGACAAGACCCGGAUCGGUCUGGCCCAGUACAGCGGAGACCCGAGGAUCGAGUGGCAUCUGAACGCUCACAGCACCAAACAGGCCGUGAUGGACGCAGUGAAGAACCUGCCGUACAAGGGAGGCAACACGCUGACGGGUCUGGCUCUGACCUUCAUCCUGGAGAACAGCUUCAAGCCGGAGUCUGGAUCCAGAGCCGGCGUUCCCAAGAUCGCAAUCCUCAUCACGGACGGAAAGUCCCAGGACGACGUGGCUCCGCCCGCCCAGGGCCUGAGGAGCGCCGGGAUCGAGGUGUUCGCCAUCGGUGUGAAAGACGCCGACGAGAACGAGCUGAAGGCGAUCGCCUCCGGCCCCGAGGAGACGCACGUCUACAACGUGGCCGACUUCAGCGUGAUGAGCGACAUCGUGGACGGACUCACCAAGACCGUGUGCGACCGCGUGGAGCAGCUCGACAAGCAGCUCAGAGGGGGCGACUCCGGCGGCGGCGGCGGCGGCGCUGCCUCGGCCUCCUCCGUGGCUCCUCCCCGUGACCUGGUGACCUCUGAGGUCACGGCUCGCAGCUUCCGGGUCACGUGGACCCAGGCGCCGGGCCAGGUGGAGAAGUACCGCGUGGUCUACUACCCCGCCAGCGGAGGACAGCCGGAUGAAAAAGUGGUCGGCGGCGCCGUGAGCAGCGUGGAGCUCAACUACCUGAACUCUCUGACCGAGUACCAGGUGGCCGUGUUCGCCGUCUACCGCAGCUCGGCCAGCGAGGCGCUGAGAGGAAGUGCCACCACACUGGCGCUGCCGAUGGUCAACGAGCUGGAGUUGUUCGACAUCACUCACAGCACCAUGAGGGUUCGCUGGAAGAUCGCCGCCGGGGCUUCUGGGUACAUGAUCCUCUACGCGCCGCUGACGGAGGGAGACCCCGCGGACGAGAAGGAGGUGAAGGUGUCCGACUCUGUGAGCGAGGUGGAGCUCGAGGGUUUGACUCCGGCCACCGAGUACACGGUGACGGUGUACGCCAUGUACGGCGAGGAGGCCAGUGACCCCAUGACGAGCCAGCAGACCACACUGCCGCUGACCCCGGCCAGGAACCUGCGCUUCUCCGACGUGGAGCACAGCUCCGCCCGGCUCGCGUGGGACUCCGCCUCCAGGAAGGCCAGAGGAUACCGCAUCAUGUAUGUGAAGACCAACGGCGUCCAGACCAAUGAGGUGGACGUGGGCCGUGUGACCUCCUGGUUGCUCGGCAACCUGACGUCCCUGACGGAGUACACGGUGGGAGUCUUCGCCAUGUACGACGAGGGACAAGCGGAGGCUGUGACCGACAGCUUCACCACAAAGACGGUCCCGGACCCGCUGGACCUGAGGAGCAGUGACGUCUCCACAAACAGCUUCAGGGUGUCAUGGCAACACCCGGCCUCUGAUGUGGUGCUGUACCGACUCACCUGGACGCCCACUGAUGGAGGAGACACUGAGGAGGCUCUGGUGAACGGAAACCUCAACUCCUACCUGAUCCAAGGCCUCAGUGCGUCCUCGGAGUACGAAGUCCUGCUGUCGGCCAUUUACGGAAACGAGGUGGAGAGCGACGAGCUGAUCCUCGUCGAGUCCACCGUUGAAAGAUUAACCACCGUCGCUACGACAACCACCACCACAGCAGCUCCUCGUUACGGGGUGAGGAACAUGAGGAUCGAUGAGGAAACCACCUUCAGCCUGCGAGUGUCCUGGCAGCCCGUCGACCCCCGAAACGUCCGACACUAUCGACUGAGCUACAUCAGCGCCGAGGGCGACCGGGCGGAGGAGACGAGGACGGUGCCGACGGGUCAGAGCAGCCUGGUGCUGCAGCCUCUGCUCUCCGACACCGAGUACAAAGUGGCCGUGACGCCCGUGUACCCCGAAGGAGACGGACCGACGGCGGCGCGCAUGGGACGAACGCUUCCUCUUUCAGCCCCGAAGAACCUGCGAGUGUCGGAGGAGUGGUACAACCGCUUCAGGAUCAGCUGGGACGUCCCACCGUCACCCACCAUGGGCUACAGGGUCGUGUACCAGCCGCUCUCUGGCCCCGGAUCAGCCCUGGAGACCUUCGUGGGCGAGGACGUGAACACCAUGCUGAUCCUCAACCUGCUGAGCGGGACGGAGUACAGUGUGAAGGUCAUCGCCUCGUACACCACCGGCUCCAGUGAAGCUCUGUCGGGCCGAGCCAAGACCUUGAACCUGGCCGUGACGGGCCUCAGUUCGUACCAGGUGAGGAUGACGGGUCUUUGCGCCCAGUGGCAGCCGCACCGACACGCCAGCGCCUACAGGGUGAUGAUGGAGAGUCUCCUCAACGGUCAGAAGCAGGAGACGAAGCUGAGUGGAGGAGCCAGCAGACACUGUUUCACCAACCUGAAGCCCAACACACAGUACAAGAUGAGUGUGUACGCUCUGCUGCAGGACGGGACGGAGGGGCCGGCCGUCACCGCCAUGGAGAAGACCUUGCCCGUCCCGACCCCGGCGCCGACCAAGCCCCCCACCACCACCCCGCUACCCACAAUCCCCCCUGCCAAAGAAGUCUGCAAGGCGGCCAGAGCCGACCUGGUCUUCCUGGUCGACGGUUCCUGGAGCAUCGGCGACGAGAACUUCCUGAAGAUCGUCCGCUUCCUGCACAGCACCACCGGAGCGCUGGACCGGAUCGGCCCGGACGGCACGCAGGUCGCCAUGGUGCAGUUCAGCGACGACGCUCGCACCGAGUUCAAGCUGAACUCGUACGGCGACAAGGAGCGACUGCUGGACGCCAUCAACAAGAUCUCCUACAAGGGAGGAAACACCAAGACGGGUGGAGCCAUCAAGCACGUGAAGGAGAAGAUCUUCACGGCGGAGGGCGGAGUCAGGAGAGGAAUCCCCAACGUCCUGGUGGUUCUGACCGACGGCCGCUCGCAGGACGACGUCAACAAGGUUUCCAAGGAGAUGCAGAUGGAAGGUUUCAUCGUGUUCGCCAUCGGCUUCGCGGACGCCGACUACGGCGAGCUGGUGAGCAUCGCCAGCAAGCCCAGCGACCGCCACGUCUUCUUCGUGGACGACCUAGACGCCUUCCAGAAGAUCGAGGAGAAGCUGGUGACGUUCGUGUGCGAAGCCGCAACCGCCACUUGUCCGUCUGUACCGAUGAGUGGCAGCACAACACCAGGGUUCCGUAUGAUGGAGCUGUUCGGGCUGGUGGAGAGUCAGUACAGCAGCGUCUCGGGCGUUUCCAUGGUUCCCGGCACCUUCAACCUCUUCCCCUGUUUCCACCUGCACAGUGACGCAGUACUGGCUCAGCCCACCAGGUUCCUCCACCCGGAGGGUCUCCCCUCCGACUACACCAUCACGCUGCUGUUCCGCCUGCUGCCCCACACGCCCGCCGAGCCCUUCGCCCUGUGGGAGAUCCUGAACAAGGACAACGAGCCGCUGGUGGGAGUCAUCCUGGACAACGGAGGAAAGACGCUGACGUUCUUCAACAACGACUACAAAGGAGUGUUUCAGACGGUGACGUUCGAGGGGACGGAAAUCAAGAAACUCUUCUACGGAAGCUUCCACAAGCUUCACAUCGCGAUCAGCAAGACGAGCGCCAAGGUGAUGAUCGACUGCAAGAUGGUCGGCGAGAAGAACAUCAACGCCGCGGGAAACAUCACCACGGACGGAGUGGAGGUUCUGGGCCGGAUGGUUCGAUCCAGAGGGAACAAGGACAACUCUGCACCGUUCCAGCUCCAGAUCUUCGACAUCGUGUGCAGCAGCUCGUGGGCGAACAGAGACAAGUGCUGCGAACUUCCUGGUCUGAGGAAGGAGGUCGACUGUCCGGCUCUGCCCAAAGCCUGCACCUGCACCCAGGACAGCAAAGGUCCCCCCGGCCCCAUAGGACCCCCGGGAGGCUCGGGAAUCAGGGGAGCGCGAGGAGAUCACGGAGAGCCAGGUCCUGUGGGACCAACCGGUCCAGUAGGUGACACAGGUGUCCCAGGACCUCAGGGGCCCCCCGGACAGCAAGGCCCCAGCGGACGCUCCAUCAUGGGACAACCAGGUUCACAGGGAGAGGCGGGACAGAAAGGUGACGGCGGACCACAAGGAACACAAGGAAUUCCCGGUCGAGCCGGAGCGACGGGCAGAGACGGACCGCCGGGACCCAGAGGGCUGCCAGGAAAGGACGGGCUGCAGGGCCGACAGGGGCCCCCGGGAACCAUCGGGACCCCAGGGGCCCCGGGGGCUCCAGGAAACACCGGCCCUUCAGGGAAACAGGGAGAACUGGGACCUCCGGGUUCUCCCGGAGGCAAGGGGGAGAAGGGUGAACGGGGUGACCUGCAGUCGUCGGCGUCAGUUCAGGCCAUCGCCAGGCAGGUCUGUGAGCAGCUGAUCCAGAGCCACAUGGCUCGUUACAACUCCAUCCUGAACCAUGUGCCGAGUCCACCAGUGUCCAUCCGCACUGUGCCCGGGCCCCCAGGAGAGCCCGGUCGACAUGGGUCCCCGGGAACCCAGGGAGAGCAGGGACCCCCUGGAAGACCCGGCUUCCCGGGACAGAACGGGCAGAACGGGCAACCUGGAGAAAGAGGUCAACUAGGAGAGAAGGGCGACAAGGGAUCACCAGGGACCGGAGUCCAGGGCCCCAGAGGACCAAUAGGGCCGCCUGGUGCCCAGGGACAAGGCAGACCCGGGAACCAGGGUCCAUCAGGGCGACCGGGGAAUCCCGGAGCCUCUGGUCGGCCUGGGGUCCCUGGACCUGUCGGCCCCGCGGGGCCCCCGGGAUACUGCGACCCGAACUCCUGCGUGGGCUACAACGUUGGAGAGGGUGAGGAUGUCACUCACGGCGGCGCUAUCCCCGCAGUGCAACUGCCGCCCAAUGUCUUCCAGAACUAUGGCGAGGUUGAGGAGGACGACCCCUACCGCUACUACCAGCCCAACUACCCGGCCCCACGACCCGUGUCACCCGACGACCCCACCCUAGACGACAUCGAGCUGACGUCCCCCGGCGUCCACCGCAGCUCGCGGAGCCUGGAGGGGGAGGAGCAGAGGGCGGGGCCGAAGAGGAGACCAAAGAGGGGAGUGAAGAGGCAGCCGGGACAAACUAACUGAAAGGAGGUGAUUGGAGGACAGAGGGCCUCUCGCUGCUUCUGAUUGGACAGUUUGGAGCCCUUUAUGGACUAAUAAACAAGUGCCUGAUCUGGAGGGUUUCCUAUGGACAUUGUAGAGGGGAAGGGGGGUGGGGGUAUCAGGUUGGGACUAUUUUAACUCAUCUAUGCCAUUGAAUUAACUUUGAGAAAACCCUUGAUGAUGUCUUUGCUUUGUUUUUGUGGGGUUUUAGUCUCAGAGGUCCAAAAAUGGACGGAGCUUCUCUGGACGUUUCUCCGGUAACAGCUGCAACUGUUUCUUUCGUCUGAUCCAAAGUUUCUAAAACAUGUCGUCGCUGUCGUAAAGCAGCCGUGUGUUAUUUACCUGGUUGGUCAAGUGCCUCCUGAUUGUCUGGCUGGAAUAUUCAGUGAUGAAUCAGCAUUUAUGACAAACUACAGCAACACUCACUGUUCAUGUUUGUCUGUCGUCACUCUGGUUUCAUGACAGCAGACACGUCAAAGCUUCUCUUUUAUCUCCAUAAACGAACCAACCACCCAAAACUUAAAACAACCAAUGAUAUUUGACUUUUGACUGAAUAUAAAGAUGAAUGACGACUCCUCAAAAGUGAAGCCAAAACGUCGUGAUCGCCCCCCUGGAGGCUUCUUGCAGUACAGCUUCUAAGCCCCGCCCCCCACCACAUUAGCAGAUGGACCGAAGUCAAGUGUUCGUGUUUCUGAUCACUUUGCUUUUCAUCAGUUAUUUGAUGAUAAACAUCAUGAUUGACAGCUGACACUGACUCCUGAUUGGUUGAGCGUGUGUAUGGGCGUGGCUCCGCGCCCAUACACACGCUCCAAAUUAUGUCACCGGCACAAAAUGGUAGCGCCCGAAUCAGAGAUGUUUUGGCUUCAUGUUUGUUCAGAGACGUUCAUCUUUACUUACAGUCACUGAUCGUCUUCACAUACAGUUAUGGAUCGUUUAUAUAUAUAUAAUCCGAUGUAACAACUAAAACUUUAAAAUGUCUGAUUUCAGCAUGUUUUCUUUUAACGGCUCCAAUUUCUGCAACCAGAUAGAAAACAUUUUUAAAAAACAGUUAUUUAUCAAAAUGCAUGUUUUUGUUUUCCAUUUACUGUACGAUGUAUCUUUUCUUUUAGUCUAAUGGAGCCAUAGACACGUGUUCCUGUUCCACAUAAAGAUGAUUUUACAUGAGACAGUUGUUCUCACAGCGUCAACCGCUCAGCAUGAGAAAGUCAUGAUAAUUAUAAUUUUUUGUAAAGGUAUUUUUUGUUUUGUUCCUCUGACAGUUGUUUCCCUCCCUCUGUUUCUCAUUUUGUUGUUUUGUAUCUUUUGGAUUUUUCUGCCUGACUUUUUUGAUUUAAUUUAAAUCGCCAUCUGUGCGGGUCUCUCAGUUAUUAAUUUUCAUAUUUUAUGCAGAAACUAGAGACUGAUGUGAAAACAGUGCUCUCUGCUUGAAGCUGGAAUGUGUUUGGUUGCAUUCACGCGUUUGAUUUGUUUCCCCGCUGGAGAUCAGUCAAUGGAAUGGAAGCAGCGUUCGGAAGAAGGCGCGUCUCAUUUCUGCACCUCCAUCCUUUUUCUAAUUUGGCCAAAACUCGAGCACAGUUUGGAUGUUUUUCCAAAUCGUCCCUGAAAAUCUUUCUUCCUCUUCAGGUCUGUGAGGAGAUCCAAGUCCACGGGGUUUGAGAUUUCCCUCUGACCACUUCGCUUAAAAUAUGGAACUAUCAAGGAAGUAAUUUAUUUUUUACUUGGUAUUGAUUUUCUCAGAACAAUAAAACUGAAGUACAACCAA